AUGGAAAUCGAAAAUUACGAUUUAUUCAAUGAAGAUUAUUCGAAUUUCCGCUCCUCGUUUCCUAACGAGAAUAAUAAACUGAAUAGUGCACAAAUAUCAAUGAUAACUGAAAAUCAAAGCACGGAAAAUUAUUUGAAAGAAUUUGAUUGUUUUUAUACGGAAAUUAUGUCAAAAGUAAAAGGCAUAAGAAAUACUCCGGCUUUAAAUCAACUCCCGUUUCCGGAAGACAUAGAUAUAGACGAAGAUAAAUGGUGUAGGAACGCAAAAUACACUCCCGAGGUAAAAGAGCAACUAGAGUUUAUCAAAAAAAUGGAUAGUGAAAUUGAUUCAGUUAUAAAUCAAUAUAAAAUUGAGAAAGAACAAAGAUUACAGACACAAUAUGAAAUGUAUAACGAAAUAACCAAAAAUGGGAUGCCACCCGAAAAAGAAGCAGAUUUAUUUGUAAAUCUAUGCCGUUUUGAAUUCACAGAAUCAAAUAACGAACAAAAUGAAAAAAAUCCAGAUAAAAACAAGAAGAAAAAGAGAGAUUAUAACGUAAAAGAUAAAAAUAAUUCGUUCAUAAUAAGAAAUGUUAAUCUGGCAUUUAGUAAUUGUUCAUUAACAGACGAAGAAAAGUGUGAGUUGGAAAAAUUGAUCCAAUUAGACGACGAAGAUGAUAUUCAACAAUGCAGCAAUCCUUUCAAUAUAUUCUCUAAUAAAGAUGAAGAUAUUAUGAAGUUGAAAGAUAUCGAUGAAGAAUUGAAAAAAGUUCAGUUAGAUAAGCAAAAUACAGAAAAAAAUAAAAAAGAUCAUCAAAGUGAAAAUCUAGUAGAAGAAUUUGAAAGAUUAAACGAUUUUAGAUUGGAGCAACGAUUGAAGGUAUUAGAAUCAAAACUGAAAGCUCUACGUGAAAUCGAAGACAAUGAUGAACGCAAUAAAAAAAUUGAUGUACAAAUAGGUGAAGAUGAAACUACUAUUUCCGAAAAUGAUAUUGAAACAGAUACAGAAAAUUCAAAAAAUGAUGUUCAACGAAACGCAGAUGAUGAUGGUCAAAACAUAGAGUGA